AGUAUGAUGAGCCUGAUGGACAGAUUUAACUCUCUGAUGACUUUUUGCUGCUUUGUGUUUGUCUCUUUAGAUGGACACGGUAAAGGUUUACAUGCUUCGUGUGAUGUUGCGAUUAUGGUCCGAAGAAACAGCACUUGGAAGACUCCUCCACGACAAAGUCUGACAGUCAGCUGUCCGGUUAUACACUGUGGAGAAACGCUGGAGGUCACCUGGUGUAAACUCUUUGACUCAAACAACUGUGAACGGAUUCAUGAAACAAAAAAUGUGAAGAUAACACAGGAUCCUGAUAAGGAUAAGCUGAUCUCAUAUUUAAAUUUCAAGGAGAUUUCCAUUCAUGACGAUGGAAAGUACAGAUGUGGUUUACUAGGAUAUAAUGGCAGCAUAAUCAGCCAUUCCAUCAUCAUCUCAGUAUCAGACAUGUACCAGGGAGUUGAAACCCCCGAUAAUAAUGAUAAAAAUACAGGAACAACACCGAGCUCUGAUCACAAUGAGGAUAAAAACUGGAGGCCAUACUUCUACAUUUAUUUUGGCAUAGUGCUUCUGAUUCUCAUACUGACUGCCCUCAUCUUCCAGAGUUCUUAUGACUGGAAACGAGCACUGACCUCCCCAGCAGCCCAGCCCUGUUCGAGCCAGAUUUCAGCUUCAAAUCCAGCACUUAAAUAUCAACAAUGUGCAGUAUAUGUUAUCAUCAAACAUAGACACGCUACCAAACAGGGUGGAAAAUAUCACACCAUGAGUAACCAAGUUAAAAACCCAGAGUCUUCUUUCACUGCUGAAAGACCAGGAUCACCAACUUGCCAGCCCCAUGAGCAUCAGAUUUCAGCUUCAAAUCCAGCACUUAAAUAUCAACAAUGUGCAGUAUAUGGUAUCAUCAACCACAGACAUACUACUAAACAAGGUUUAGUAGAACAGCACACCAUGGCACAAUCAAGUUAAAAAUCCAGAAUAUGCUGUCAUCAACAUUCCCUCACUUUUUUUCAUUUGAAAUGGCUACUUGUGGAUGAAAUUGUGUAAAAGUGUAAAUCAGUACAGUCAUGUAAAGAAAAAAGUUUGACUAUAUAAUUCUGUGAAAAACUAAGUAAAUCUAAUUAGAUCUUCACCAAGUUGGCUGAUCUAAGAUAAGAUAAGAUAAGAUAAGAUAAGAUAAGAUAAGAU